AGACUUCUCCUUAAGAAUAACCACCUCCAAAUAACGGUAACACUUGAACAGAAACAGAGAAAAUUAAAACAAUUUUAAAACCCACAUUUUGCCGCCUCCACAGAUCAUUCUCUUCUAAACCCACAAAACCUCUCAAUUUUUUCUUGAUUAUCUCUCUGUUUCUUGAAUCUCCGUAUCUUGGGUUCUUUUCUUUUACUGUUCUUCAACAUUUCUUGAUAAAGAAACCAACAACCAAGAAUCAAGAAUGGACGAUCAAGAAAAAGAACAAGACAAAGAUGACAAAGAUAAUCAAGAUUCUAAACCUGACCCAUCUCCCAAAAAGAACGUUAAAAAAGUUCAAAAACAGAACGAUAAUAAGGUAGAUAAAGCGUUACAAGCUCUAGAUCAGAAGAAAUUUAAGGUUUCCGGUACGGAGCUUGGGCGAUCUUUUGAGCGCUGGAAACAGCAUCUUUGGGAACAAGUAUUGCCUAAUCCUGAGGUACCUCCGAAGCCUUUCCGACCACCGACACACCCUGAAACAUUGAGAAAACGCAAGCUUCGUCGGAUGCAAGGAUUACCAGCUGAGCCAGUGAUGCCUCCGAAGCCUUUCAGAGUAGUACCGGUACACCCGGAAAGAUUAACGAAACGCAAGAUUCAUCAGUUAUUCGGAGAGAAAAAAGAUGAGAAAAAACAAGAACAACGCCAGCAACAAGAAGAAGUGAAGUUAAGUGAUGAUAAUCCUACACUUAGUAACCCUAAGAAAGUUAGAUUCUUUAGGAGCCAGCAGCAAGAUGAGAAUCCGGGUGGAGAUUUACAGAGGUAUAAAUUAUGCAAAAUCGAUGAGAAUCAAGCUCUACCAGAUGAUGAUCAAAGUGGAGAAACAGAACAUGAACCUAACAAAAUCUUCAUACCUCUGAAGAAAGACCUGACCGUCAGGAAAUAUAAUGAUCAAGAUUCAAGAACACGGUUGGAUCAGCAGAAACUGCCCAAGAAAUCCCGCACCGUCAGGGAUAAUAAUGAUCAAGAUUCAAGAAAAGACUCGACAACACAGUUGGAUCAUCAUGAACCGCCGCCGAAGAAAUCCCUCAUCAUCAGACUCAGGAGUAAUUAUAAUGAUCAAGAUUCAAGAAAAGACCCAAGAUCACAUUUGGAUCAGCUUAAACCGCCGAAGAAACGCAAGAUUCCUGAGCGAUUGUUCGUUGAAGGCACUAGUAGUAAGGGGAUUGUGAUUAAAGAACAAAAACAGGAGAUGUUUACAGAUUACAGAGGAGUGUUUGAUAAUACCGAGCCAAUCAACAUGGAGCAACUCAGUGAAAUCAAUGCCAAUUUCUACGAGAAUAAGGGAACUCGGUCUCGCUUAAGAAAGAUUUACGCGGCGCUGCAUGGAGGUAAAGAUAAAAUUUUCAGGAAUAUUGAUUUUGAUUCAAGAAACCCUAAAAUGAGUUUCUUGGAUUGGGUCAAUUCCUCGGAGGAUAAUCAGGGACUUGCACUAUUAAAGGAACGGGCAGUAUUUGCUGCAUGCCGAGUCACCUGUGAGAUUAUUGAUAUCAUGUUCUUGAUGUCGUUAUCCAACGUCGGCGAAAUGGGAGCUAAAUUUCAAGUUUUCGAAGAUUCAUUAGGUUGGGUAACCACUGACGAAAAAAUCAGUUUGGUCAUCCCUAAGAUUCUUGAUGUGAUCAAAGCAGUAGAAAACCAACUGAGGAGGCUGAAAUUCUUCGAGAGGCGCGAAUCGAAAGGGAAAGAAGUGAUGAACGAGAGAAUAGAUAUGGUCGAGUCGUUUAUCGAUGCGACUUUGCAUCUAAUCCUUGAAGAAAUUCUUCGAAUGGAGCUAUUCUGGGUCGAAAAACGAUUGCCUUGCAGCGCAAGGUUACUGGUCGAUGAAUUGCCAUUGCUUGAAGAGGAAAUUUUUGGAUGUGAAACUUCGUUGCUAGGGUUGGAUAAGCAGAUUAAGAAGGGAAUUCGGAAGGGUAAAUUUGGUGUAGUGGAAAGUGACUGGAAGGAGAGAUUUGAUUAUGUUGAACUGGAGUUUAAGAUGGCGGAGCUGUGGAAUUGCUUUGAAGUGUUCACUGAUUAUGGUGUUUUUGAUAGUUUAGACUUCGCACAGUAAUUUCUUUUGUAUUAGUGAGUGUUUAAUUAGCUUUUUUGUUCAGUGAUCAGUUUUAUGAUUCUUCUACUAUAUGUUCAUUAAAUGUUUAACAGCUAAAGCCUGC